AUGAAGGUUGAGAUUGAAAGGGAAAGGCUUCUGUCGAACUUCGAAGUGUUUGAGCAUUUGAAGGAGAUCCAGCGACAGAAUAACUGGAUGGCACAGCAGGACAAUGCCAAAAAGCCCAAGAGGUCGUUGAACCCAGAUUUGGAGAGCAUCACGAGAGAUCUGAGCUCGUAUCUGUCCAAGACCCCUGUGCACAUCCAGUCCGUUGAUAGUAUAACGGAGUGUAUGAAGGAUCUGUCGAAAUAUUCGCUGGAGAAGAUUGAGAAGCUACAAAUCAUCAACUCCGCGCCGUACUCGAUGGUCAGCCUAUAUAGUGUUAUAGAGGAAUGCGAUCAAAGGUUCAGCGAGGACGAGAUCAACGACAUCCUCGAGAUAAUACAGACACACUUCCCGAUAGGCGAGGACGCGAGUGGUGAGGGUAACGAAGAAUACGACGAGGAUGAGGUGAUGGUCGAUCAGCAGGAGGAGGAGAUCGUUGUAACAACUACAUAG